CUUCUGAUUGGGAAUGUGUAUACUUCCGGUUAAACAGUUUGUUGGCAACCAAAAUGCCAGCCCCAAAGAGAUAUACUGGAAUUCAUGAUGCUGCCAGAAAUGGAGAUGUUCUGGAGCUGGAAUCAAUGGUGAAAAACGGAGCUAGUAUAAAUGAAGUAGAAGAAUCCGAUAAAUUCACUCCCCUACACAGUGCCUGCAACGCAGGAGCUUUGGAGUGUGUCCAUUGGUUGCUUUGGCAUGGAGCUGAUGCUACUGUCACCACCACAAGGGGGUGGACACCUGCCCACAUAGCAGCCAUUAGAGGACAAGAUGCCUGCAUGCAGGCUUUGGUAAAUAAUGGAGUCAGUAUGUCAUCAAAAGACUCAAGGGGGAGCACUCCUGCUCACCUGGCAGCUGCUCAUGGAAACUCCUUCACACUUAACACCAUCUUAAGAGCAGGAAUUGAUGUGAAUGUGACAGACAAUUUUGGUUGGAGUUUGGUUCACUCUGCUGCCUAUCAUGGCCGCCUCGGAUGCCUACAGCUGUUAAUCAAAUGGGGAGCUAAUAUUGAUGAGGUUGACAAAGCUGGAAAUACACCAGCACAUCUGGCAGCUGGAGAGGGCCAGUUACCCUGCUUGAAGUAUCUAGUCAGUGCGGGUGUGAACCCCAUGCACGUGCUCGGUGCCAGGAAUGACCAGGGCGAGACCCCUAAAGACCUUGCCCAGCAGUUCUACAAGGAUGUGGUGGUGGAGUACAUCAAUGGGAUCGAGUGGGAGAGGGACCACCCCGAGGAGGCAGAGAACCUGGCUUUCCCUGCCCAUGUAGCAGCAUACACGGGAGAUCUAGAUCAUCUACGCAUGUUAGUGGAAAACGGAGUCAUCAACAUCAACGAGAGGGACGAGAAAGGGUCCACACCCGCUCACAAAGCUGCAGGUAACGGCCACCUACAUGUCCUGCAGUGGCUGGUGGAGAUGGGUGCCAACAUGACCAUCCAGAACCAGGCCGGAGAGACCCCAAGGGACGUGGCCCGCAGGUUCAGUCAGCUAGCCUGUGUCAAGCUGCUGGGAGGGGAUCCAGAGGAGGAUACGUCGGUGGUGGUGGGACAAGAUGAGGAGGAUGGGGAGGAGGAUGUGGAGGCGAGUACUGAGGGCCGAGGAGUGGCCCUGAACGAUAGGCAGAAACAGGAGUCCAGAUCUCGAGCCAAGAAGAGGGUGUCAGAACUGGAGAGAAUGCUGGAGAUAGCCAAGAAGAACUACACACAGUUAGGGGGCCGUCUGGCCGAGGACAAGAAACGCAUGCAACAGAUCAGAGACAAGGACAAGACCAUAACUGAGUUAGAAGCACAGCUUGACUAUGAGAGACUUAGGAGAGAGAAGUUGGAGGCCCAGUUAGACGAGUACAGGAGAGAGAUCUCGGAGAUGAAGUACCAGUUGCAGGCUAAAGCUUAUGGAGAUGAGAGUACUGAUGAAGAAAUUGAAUCAGCACUCGCAAGAGCCAAAAAAAGUGGCAAGAAAUCUGGUAAGAAGGGGUCGGCCCGACGUCGAACGGAUGAUGAAGACAGCGGUGUGUUCAUCAAGAGAAACAUGGUCAAUCCCAAAAAAGGAAAUAAAUACAGAAUAGUUUGAGCAAGUGAUGAUCUAAGGGAAAUUAAGACUGAACAUUUUCGGGCCUCUCAAGAGGUCGUUAUAGUAGUGAAAAACCUAAACCUAUAAACUAAUACUUGACUGUGCUCUUCUUCAUGAGCAGUAGAAUGAAAUGGAAAUAUUUUCUUCCUGGCUUGUAGGUAAAAGCAUAUUGUAGAGUCUAUUUUAUAUUAACCAAGUGUUGUGUUUUUUGGGGGAAACAUCAUUCAAACUUUCUACACAAAAUAGGUCUGAUUGAGUGCUAGGGCAAUUUUUUUUCUUAUUGUAUAGUUUUUACAUGUAUAGAAGGCCGGACUACAAAGGAGAUAUACUGAAUACAGGGUUAUUUUCGCCCCGUGUAAUUUUCGCCCUUCUACACUAGCAAUUACUUUUGCCCUGUCUUGAAUUCGCCCAGACACAGUUUUAUUUGAAUUUGCCCAGUCUUAAAUUCGCCCACUGACAACGAGGGCAAAAGGGGCGAAAAUAAAACGGGGGCGAAUAUUUUCCUGUAUACCGGUACAUUAUUGAUACCCUCACUGUGAUAUAUUGAUUAUGUAUUGUAUGUGCGAUUUCUGCAAUAGUGUAAAUGAUUUCAUAUUUCAUCAAAUCUGAGAUCAUAGUCAUCUUAUGUGUGUAUGUGCGUUUGUGAACAUUGAUGUUGAAAAUGCAACAGUAAUCGUGGAGUAUUUUAUAAUUUUGUGGUCAUAUCAUAAUGUGACCGUUGCAUUAGGGUAUUCAAAUUGUGCAGUAGAUCGAGAUUCAGUGUCAGACUUUUUGGAGAUAUAUACCCGGUAUAUGGUGUCUGUUUUGUAAUUUUUUAUUUAUUUGAUAAAUUGUGAAAUUUCAUAUAGAAUUUUUGUAAAAUGAGUUUAUGAAGGAAAAACAUAUAUGAUUUUUUUUUAAUGAAAAUAAAAUUUUAUACCCAG